AUGGACGACCUUUUGAACCUCGAGCUUCUAUCGCUCGUGUCAAAGGUCACCUCGGAACUCCAGAAUCAUGUGGGGAUAAGCGACAAGACCCUCGCCGAGUUCCUCAUCUCCCAGCGCCUCGAGAGCGCGUCGGCCGAUGAAUUCCGCAAGAAGCUCGAAAAUGUCGGCGCCGACUUCCCCCCCAGUCUGGUAGACAGCAUAGACCGUCUCGUGUGGACCAUGCAUCCCAAGAUGAAGGGGAAGCAGUCGGCGGCCGCGGCGCAGGAGCCCGAGCACCACUCGCGCACCAUGGAGGAGAAGGAAAAGGUCUUUAGCGGCCUGUCGCUCCCAGACAAGGCCGCCGUGGAUGGUGGUCCCGGAGGGGGCGACGCCAUCGACGACACCCUCCUUCUCCUGGAGGGACUCGAAGGAAAAGCGAGGAAGAAAACGGAAGCCUCGAGAAAGCGGAGCAGGAGCCCCACCGACGACCCAAAGGAGUCGAGGAGACACAGGAGAGACAGAUCGCGUUCUCCCCGCGAACGUAGGAAGACGCUCGACAGGCGCCGCUCGAGAUCUGCUUCGCAGGAUCGAGGUGACGGGGAUUGGAGGGAUGGCUUCCGAGGCUCGCGCAGGAGCCACCGGGGGCGCAAGACUGACCGUGACUACGAGGACGACGACAAGUUCCGCACAGCUCCCGAACCGGAGAUCGACGACGCACCGGAACUUCACAAGGUGUACGAAGGCCACGUCACAGGUGUCAAGGACUUUGGCGCCUUUGUGAACCUGCACCACGUCCGCGGCAAGGUUGACGGCCUGGUCCAUGUGUCGCGCAUGGCUACAGGCCAGCGUGUCGAUCACCCUUCUGAUAUCCUAACCAAAGGCCAGAAGGUGUGGGUCAAGGUCACCAGCGUGGAAGGCUCUCGAGUGGGAUUGUCGAUGAAGGAUGUGGAUCAGGAGACGGGAACGGACCUGGAACCCCAGGCCAGGCUGACGACGGGCGCCAACACGGAGGCCAUCGGCGGUAGUGCAAAGAACGGUCGCUACCAGGACACCAGUGCUCCGGCCAUGCCGCGCGACACAAUGGGUGCCCCCCAGAAACACAAGAAGAGGAUGACGUCGCCCGAACGAUGGGAGAUACGACAGCUGAUCGCAUCGGGCGUUGCCAAGGCCUCGGACUACCCUGACCUUGAGGAGGACUACAACGCCACCCUGCGCGGCGAUGGUGACAUGGAUCUCGAGGAGGACGUCGACAUCGAGGUCCGCGACGAGGAGCCGCCCUUCCUGGCCGGCCAGACGAAGCAGUCCCUGGAGCUGUCGCCUAUCCGUGUGAUCAAGGCCCCCGACGGGUCCAUGAACCGCGCCGCCAUGUCGGGCACGGCCAUCUCCAAGGAGAGGAAGGAGCUGAAGCAGCAGGAGGCCGAAGCGGCCAAGAGGGAACAGUCCAGGGAGAACCUAUCGACUCAGUGGCAGGACCCCAUGGCCGACCCAGAUAAGCGCAAGUUUGCCUCGGACCUCCGCAACGCCAAGGCCAAGGAGAAGACCGAGGCUGUGCCGGAGUGGAAGCAGGUCAUCAACCCCAUGGGCCAGUCUCUCGGCAAACGGUCGAACCUCAGCAUAAAGGAGCAGCGCGAGUCGCUCCCCGUUUUCGCCUUCCGCAACCAGCUCAUCGAGGCAGUGCGGGAGAACCAGAUGAUGAUCGUCGUCGGCGAGACGGGCUCGGGAAAGACGACGCAGCUGACCCAGUACCUUGCCGAAGCUGGCUUCGCAGAGAACGGCAUGAUCGGCUGCACCCAGCCGCGACGAGUGGCGGCUAAGUCGGUGUCGGACCGUGUGGCCAAGGAAGUUGGAUGCAAGCUUGGCGAGGAGGUGGGGUACACGAUCCGUUUCGAGGACUGCACCAGCCCAUCCACCAAGAUCAAGUAUAUGACGGAUGGUAUGCUGCAGCGAGAGAUCCUGCUGGACCCGGACAUUCGACGCUACUCGUGCAUCAUGCUAGACGAGGCCCACGAGCGCACGAUCAGCACCGACGUGCUCUUUGCGCUGCUGAAGAAGGCACUGAGGCGCCGGCCCGACCUCAAAGUCAUCGUCACGUCUGCGACGCUGGAUGCGGACAAGUUCUCGUCCUACUUUAACGAGUGCCCUAUCUUUACCAUUCCCGGCCGCACGUUCCCCGUCGAGAUUCUGUACUCCAAAGAGCCCGAGUCCGACUACCUGGACGCGUCGCUCGUGACGGUCAUGCAGAUACACCUUACGGAGCCCAAGGGAGAUAUCCUGCUCUUUCUAACGGGCCAGGAGGAGAUUGACACGGCGUGCGAGAUAUUACACGAGCGCAUGAAGGCGCUGGGUUCGAACGUGCCGGAGCUCGUCAUCCUGCCCGUCUACUCGCAGCUUCCGUCGGAGAUGCAGAGCAGGAUCUUUGACCCGGCUCCGCCGGGUAGCCGCAAGGUGGUGAUCGCGACCAACAUCGCCGAGACGUCCAUCACGAUUGACGGCAUCUACUACGUCGUCGACCCGGGUUUCGUCAAGCAGAACGCCUACGACCCAAAGCUGGGCAUGGACUCGCUGGUGGUGACGCCCAUCUCGCAAGCACAGGCCAACCAGAGGGCCGGCCGAGCCGGCCGCACCGGACCGGGCAAGUGCUUCCGCCUGUACACGGAGGCAGCGUACCAGUCCGAAAUGCUGCCGACGUCGAUACCCGAGAUUCAGCGGCAGAACCUGGCGCUCACGAUCCUGAUGCUGAAGGCCAUGGGCAUCAACGACCUGCUCCACUUCGACUUCAUGGACCCCCCCCCGAUCAACACGAUGCUCACGGCGCUGGAGGAGCUGUACGCGCUGGGCGCGCUGGACGACGAAGGUCUCCUGACGAGGCUCGGUCGGCGCAUGGCAGAUUUCCCGAUGGAGCCGUCUCUGGCCAAGGUGGUGAUCGCGGCGGUGGACCACGGGUGCUCGGACGAGAUGCUCUCGAUCGUGGCGAUGCUCAACCUGCCCAACGUCUUCUACCGGCCCAAGGAGAAGCAGUCGCAGGCGGAUCAGAAGAAGGCCAAGUUCCACGACCCGCACGGCGACCAUCUUACGCUGCUGAACGUGUACAACGCGUGGAAGGCGAGCGGCUUCUCCAACCCGUGGUGCUUCGAGAACUUCAUCCAGGCGCGCGCCAUGCGCCUAGCAAAGGACAUCCGCAACCAGCUCGAGGACACGAUGAAGCGCCACCGCCACCCGAUCGAGUCGUGCGGCCGGAGCACCCAGCGCGUCCGCCAGGCCCUCUGCGCCGGCUUCUUCCGCAACGCGGCCCGCAAGGACCCGCAGGAGGGCUACAAGACUCUGAUCGAGGGCACGCCCGUCUACCUCCAUCCUUCCUCGUCGCUCUUCGGCAAGCAAGCUGAGUGGGUCAUCUACCACACCCUCGUCCUCACCACGAAGGAGUACAUGCACUACACCACGAGCAUAGAGCCCAAGUGGCUCGUCGACGCGGCGCCUACCUUCUUCAAGGUCGCGCCCUCGGACAGGCUCAGCAAGAGGAAGCAGGCCGAGAGGAUACAGCCGCUGUAUAACAGGUUUGCGGGAGAUAAUGACUGGAGACUGUCGGCGCAGAAGAGGGGUGGAAGGGGCGGUGGUGGUGGUACGUGGGGUUGA